GGUUAGCCGUAGCUCUAAGGCGCGACCGGCCCGUGUCAUGUGACCGAGGUUUCUGCUCCGUACUAGGAUGGAGCCGGAAGAGGGGACGCCCUUGUGGCAGCUGCAGAAGCUUCCAGCCGAGCUGGGCCCGCAGCUUCUUCACAAAAUAAUUGAUGGCAUUUGUGGCCGAGCUUAUCCUCUCCAUCAGGAUUAUCACAGUUUUUGGGAUUCGACAGAAUGGAAGAAUGUUCUAGAAGAUAUUACCAAAUUUUUCAAAGCUGUAGUUGGUAAAAAUUUAUCUGAUGAAGAGAUAUUUCAGCAGUUGAAUCAGUUGAAUUCAUUUCAUCAACAAGCUGUCAUGAAAUGCUUAAAAAGUAGGAAAGAUGAAAUCAAGCAGGCUCUGUUAGAAGAAAUAGUUGAUAUUUCUUCUGCACAGCUACAGGAUUUUGAUUGGCAGUUAAAGCUUGCACUGUCUAGUGACAAGAUUGCUACUUUACAAAUGCCGCUUUUAAACCUUCAUCUGGACAUAAAAGAAAAUGGUGAAGUCAAACCAUAUUCUGUUGAAAUGAGUAAAGAAGAGCUGCAGAAUCUAAUAAAUUCCUUGGAAGCAGCUAAUAAGGUGGUCCUGCAGUUGAAAUAACUGGAAAUGGUGGAUACCAACACUAUCAGAUUCUACUGCUACCCCAGAUGCGGCCGAGUGAAUACUGUGUGUUCAGCGCACCUGCGCUAUACUGACUAUUUUGCUGUGCUGAGAAAGCAGCAGUGUUGGGAUUACAGAGAUAAAAAUGUAUCCGCUUCCCUAAAGAACAGGAAAUGACAUGGUUGACAGGAAAUGCAUAAAAAAAUGAGAGAUGAAAAAGCUGUGAUAGCAGUUUAUAUUUUCAUAAUGGCUGUUUUGCCUCGUUUAUUAAAUAUUUGAGAAAUCUUUAUAGAUAUACAGUUUUAUUGAAAGCUAAAAAUAGACUCUAAAGUAAUGUAAACAUACAAAGCACAAAUCUACUUGAAUGUUGCUUAAAGGAAUAUAUGAAUAGCAAGGAUGUGUAUUAUGGAUAUAUACGAUUAAUUUGUAAUAUUUUAAAAAUAACUUUUAAAGAAUGUAUAAGCUGCAUAUAUAACUCAGGAGAGUCCAUAUCUUUCUUCUAUUUCAAAGGAAAGAUUAUAAAAUGUAAAAUUUCAUAGAGAAAGAAGCUCCUCUUCAGACAUGAACAAGAAAAAAGUAAUUAAAUUUGCAUCAACAAUGAGUUUAUGAAUUCUAGAGAUUAAAAUCUUUUACCCGAGUGGGAAAAAAAAUGAAAGUAACACUGUUACUCCUGCAUUUCUGUGUCUGAUCGGGAGGGUAUGCUUUGAUAAAAAGAAUGGAUGUCGUUGUAUAGUGCAUAUAUAGCUAUCCAGAUGUCAGCCAAGAUUAAACAUAGGUCCAUUUUUGUGAUAGACUUUUAAUACUGAAGUUAAUAGUUUUGGGUGUUAACUUCACUGGAAAACAAACCAUUUUUAAUUGCAGUUAAUUUUAAAAACAGGCAUUCUGAACAAAUAAAAAAUGUCAUUUUAUUUUCA